AUGGUGGAUAUGCUAGUAAGGGGUCAACUAAAACCAGUGAUCACCAACAUCACCAAUCAUCUAAAUCAACUGCUUUACAACAUUUUCAAGGUCACAGAAGAUGAUGCAUCAAGGUGUAAACUACUAGGAAUUUUUUAUGAGGUACUAGAUAUAAUACCAAAUAUGAUGGAUAUGCUAGUAAGGGAUCAACUACAACCAGUAAUCACCAACAUCACCAAUCUUCCAAAUCAACUUCUUCCCACCAUUCUUAAGGCUAUAGAAGAUGAUUCACCAAGUUGUAAACUUCCAGGAAUUUUUUAUGAGGUACUAGAUAUAGCUACAGAAGAUGAUUCACCAAGUUAUAAACUGCCAGUAAUUUUUUAUGAGGUACUAGAUAUGGUACUAGACAUGGUGGAUAUGCUAGUAAGGGGUCAACCACACCUAGUGAUCACCAACAUCACCAAUCAUCUCAAUCAACUGCUUUCCACUAUUUUUAAUGUCACAGAAGAUGAUGCACCAAGUUAUGAACUGCUAGUAAUUUUUUAUGAGCUACCAAAUAUGAUAGAUAUGCUAGCUACAGAAGAUAAUUCACCAAGUUAUAAACUGCCAGGAAUUUUUUAUGAGGUACUAGAUAUGGCUACAGAAGAUGAUUCACCAAGUUAUAAACUUCUAGGAAUUUUUUAUGAGGUAUCAGAUAUGGUCACAGAAGAUGAUGCACCAAGUUAUGAACUGCCAGUCAUUUUUUAUCAGGUACUAGACAUGGUGGAUAUGCUAGUAAGGGGUCAACCACACCUAGUGAUCACCAACAUUACCAAUCAUUUGCACAACAUGCUUCCUACCAUUCUUAAGGUCACAGAAGAUGAUGCACUUAGUUACAAACUACCAGCAAUUUUUUAUGAGGUACCAAACAUGGUGGAUAUGCUAGUCACAGAAGAUGAUGCAUCAAGGUGUAAAAUACUAGGAAUUUUUUAUGAGGUAUCAGACUUGGUCAUAGAAUUCAAUGGACCAAGAUUUGGAGCACUAGCAAUUUUUUCUAAGGUUGUAGCCCAUCUUCUCCUCCUCCCCUAG